AUGGAUAAGGUCCAAUCGCGAGGCAUCAUAGCCAAGACCGACAACGACGAGUACCAAAACCAAGUGGUAGCGCAGGCCCGCAAACUCAAGGCCGACCUUCAGCCAAGGGACGUCACUCGCAGGAUUAUCCAGGAGCUGGGACGCGACGAAGUACUCUUUCAGAAUCUUGUUUGGCCGGAGGACCCUACCCGACCCCGCUGUGUGAAGGAGAUUCUGAAGAUAUUUCGUGUGAAAGGGUUCCUCGACCAGAACAAUCAUUGGACGCCAGCGAUAGCCUGCCAGAUCUUACACAACCCCACCACGCCACACGCAGUAAAGGGCCAAGUACCGAAGAUCUUAUGGCCAAUUUUUUUGAAUCGAUUGGUAGAAGAGGUGCUAACCUUACUCGGACCGUCUCAUAUCCAUCGAAAGUGGUCCGCCGAGUAUUGUCAGAAGGUCCUUCCAGGCUCGGCUGAAGAUCGCAAACCCGACAUCAUCCUCGUUGAUUCGGACUUACCUGAAGAUUGGCGUAACCUCACUACCAUUGGCGAGAUGAAGAAGAGUGGCGUUGACAUCAAAAAUCCGCUAUGGUAUGAUGAGGUGGCGAAACGGGCAAAUACAAUGUACGCCAGUCAGGAUUCCCGUACUUUUGCCCCGGUCUUGCAAUUCCUUGGUGCCCAGUUUACCUUCGUAUUUUUUGAUCGUGGUGGAUCUGUUUGUCUUGACGUAUUAGGGAUACAUGAAGAUAGUGAGGAAUACUUCAGGCUGGUAUUGUACUUAUCUUUGGCCCAUCGCGGUCUACUGGGAUUCGACCCCACAAUCGUCCACGACCCUAACAGCGACAUUCGUUUCAUCCAAACCAAACACUUUGGGAAGGUACCGAUCGAUAUGGUAUUAUUCAUCAGCAACAACCUCAAUGGCCGUGGCACUGUUGUCCGUCGGGUCACAUUACCCAAAGAUCAGAUCAAUCAAGCAUUGAGAAACGGGCCGAACGGCGAGGCCUUGCAGAAAUGGUUGAAGGGCAUGGCUGACAUGGAGUCGAUUGUUGUCAAAGAUACUUGGUUGGAUCUCGCAACGCCUCAUACAGAAGGCAUGGUGUUCAGGGCGUAA